UCCAGCUUGUCAACCCUCUCUUACAUGUUCCUUGAUCUUUUCCAAGAACACAUAAAAGGAUCUCCAAGUUACCUUGCUUUCUUAAUUCAACUUUCACCAAAACAGCUCUCCUCUGGAAUAAAAAAAAAAAAUGUUUGCAACAGGUGGUGCCUUUCUCUCCGCUCCUAUUUUAACCAUGAUGGACAAACUAACCUCAACAGAGUUUCAAGAUUACGUCAACAACAUGAAGCUGAAUCACUCUCUCUUGAAGCAGUUGCAAACAACACUUCUCACUCUUGAAGCGGUGCUAGUUGAUGCAGAGAGGAAGCAGAUCCAUGAUCCGGCUGUCCGAGAAUGGCUUAAUGAUUUAAAAGAUGCAAUCUAUGAUACAGAGGAUUUGCUGAACCAAAUUAGUUACGAUUCCAUACAAUCCAAGGUCACAAAUCAGGUGCUGAACUUCCUUUCAUCUCUUUUUUCUAACACCAAUGGAGAAGUGAAUUCCCAAAUAAAGAUAUCUUGUGAAAGACUGCAGCUCUUUGCCCAACAGAAAGAUAUCCUUGGCUUGCAAACGGUAAGUUGGAAGGUUUUGACUGGACCUCCUACAACAUUACUAGUAAAUGAAUAUGUCACGGUUGGUAGGAAGGAUGAUAAAGAGGAACUAGUUAAUAUGUUGAUAUCAGAUACAGACAAUAAUAAUAUAGGUGUAGUCGCAAUUACAGGCAUGGGAGGUAUCGGUAAAACGACCCUCGCUCGACUUAUAUACAACCAGGAAGAAGUUAAAAAUCAUUUUGAUGUACAAGUCUGGGUUUGUGUGUCUGAAGAUUUUGAUAUGUUGAGAGUAACCAAAUCUCUCCUUGAAGUUGUCACUUCAAGAGAAUGGAAUACCAAUAACCUUGAUCUUCUUCGAGUUGAAUUGAAGAAAAAUUUGAACAACAAAAGAUUUUUGAUUGUAUUGGAUGAUGUUUGGAAUGAAAACGGUUGUGAUUGGGAUGAGCUGAUAUGUCCUUUUUUUGGAAAAUCGGGAAGCAAGGUAAUCAUUACAACACGUGAACAGAGAGUUGCAGAGGCUGUACGUGCAUUUCACAUUCAUAAAUUAGCACAUCUAUCGGACGAAGACUCUUGGCAUUUACUCUCAAAGUGUGCAUUUAGAAGUGAGAAUUUUCAUGGUGAUGAAUAUCCAACCCUUGAAGAAAUUGGUCGGAGGAUUGCAAUGAAGUGCGGUGGACUUCCACUGGCUGCUAGAGCACUUGGAGGACUUCUACGUGAUACCGUAGAUGCAGAGAAGUGGAAUGCAAUUCUGAAUAGUGACAUAUGGAACUUAUCAAAUGAUAAAGUCAUGCCUGCAUUGCAUUUGAGUUAUCAAGAUCUUCCUUGUCACUUGAAAAGAUGUUUCGCCUAUUGUUCAAUUUUUCCAAAGGAUUAUCAACUUGAUAGGAAGCAAUUGGUUUUGUUGUGGAUGGCAGAAGGAUUCAUUGAGCAUUAUCUAGGUCCAAAAGAAGCAGAGGAAAUAGGUAACGAGUUCUUUGCUGAAUUGAUAUCUAGAUCCUUAAUUCAACAAGCAUAUGAUGAUACUGAUGGAGAAAAAUUUGUCAUGCAUGACCGUAUCAGUGACUUAGCGGCAUUCGUAUCAGGAACAAGUUGUUGUUGCCUUAAAUAUGGAGGUAAAAUCUCUAGAAAUGUUCGUUAUUUAUCAUAUAACCGUGAAAAGCAUGACAUUUCUAGCAAGUGUGAGAUUUUCCACGAUUUCAAAGUCUUGCGAAGCUUCCUGCCGAUUGGCCCCUUGUGGGGACAAAAUUGCUUACCUAGACAGGUGGUUGUUGAUUUAUUACCCACUCUCAUUAGACUGCGUGUGUUAUCGCUAUCAAAGUAUAGAAAUGUCACCAAGCUACCGGAUUCACUUGACACUUUGACGCAAUUGAGGUAUCUAGAUCUUUCCAACACAAGAAUCAAAAGUUUGCCUAGCACAAUAUGUAACCUAUACAAUUUGCAAACCUUGAUUUUAUCAUAUUGUUAUCGUCUCACUGAUUUGCCAACACAUAUUGGAAUGUUGAUCAAUUUACGUCACCUUGAUAUUAGUGGGACAAAUAUAAAAGAGUUGCCAAUGCAAAUUGUCGAACUAGAAGAACUUCGAACUCUAACUGUUUUUAUAGUGGGUAAGGGUCAAAUCGGGUUAAGUAUCAAAGAGCUCAGGAAAUAUCCACGUCUACAGGGAAAACUUACCAUCUUGAACCUGCAUAAUGUCACUGAUUCCAUGGAGGCAUUUUCUGCCAACUUAAAAAGCAAAGAGCAAAUUGAGGAGUUAGUAUUACAAUGGGGAGAACAAACUGAAGACCAUCGAACUGAGAAAACUGUGCUUGAUAUGUUGCGACCAUCAAUAAACUUGAAGAAACUGAGUAUUGGCUACUAUGGCGGAAAAAGCUUUCCAAGUUGGUUGGGAGAUUCUUCAUUCUUUAACAUGGUGUACCUUAGCAUCAGUAAUUGUGAAUAUUGCCUUACACUUCCAUCACUAGGGCAUCUAUCUUCUCUCAAGGACCUAAGGUUAGAUGGUAUGAGGAUGUUGAAGACUAUUGGCCCAGAGUUCUAUGGCAUGGUAGGAGAAGGUUCCAAUUCUUCAUUCGAACCGUUUCCUUCCCUACAAAAUCUGCAAUUUAGGAACAUGUCAAGUUGGAAGGAAUGGCUUCCCUUUGAAGGAGGCAAACUUCCUUUUCCUUGUCUCCAAACUCUGAGGUUACAGAAGUGUUCUGAACUGAGAGGACAUUUGCCCAACCAUCUUCCUUCCAUACAACAAAUUAUAAUAAUUGAUUGUGGCCGUCUCCUAGAAACUCCGUCCACUCUGCAUUGGCUCUCAACAAUAGAAAAUAAAAAUAUUGUUUACCUAAAAUGAUUCUGCUCCCUUUCAGGGAUGUCUGUGGCAAGGCCUGCCUAGUGAAUACCCAAAUUUGAUUGAGCUAGUAAUUUUUCUGCCGGAAGCAGCAGAUUGCUGAAGCUGAUUGACAGAGAAGGAGAAGCUAUAUAGAAAGAGCAUUCUGUUUUAGACUGGGAAAACUGGAAGAAGUAAAUUGUCUUUACUGUUUUAUAGGUUUGAAGCAAUUGAAAAAUUUAACUCUAGCAGUAAAGAAACAUCAUUGUUUUAUGUAUCCCUUUUCUUUUGAGUUUCUAAAGCUUCAUGUGAAACACUCUUGUAUUGUGAGAUAGAUUGAAAAUAAGUAUAUAAUUGACCGAAAACAAUCGGUUACUAGACUUAAAUUAAUCUUCAAACUAUGUCUGCAGAAAGAUUGAGACUCCAAAAGUUUAAUUGUGAAAACUUUGAUUGAGCUUAAGGAAUGACCUUAUUUUAACAUAUGCUUACCUUUCUGAGAACAUGACCCUUGAAAUAAAAUCUCCCUUUUUAUGCA